AUGCAACGGAUGAGCAAUGAGAUUGAAGAAGAAGAAGAUGGAAGGAGAGGACUUGAGAGCGUGCGAGAGAGUCAGUUGGAAGGUAGAAGCAGUGGAGGAACAGUGUCGAUGAACGGAGAGGACAACGUGUAUGUUGGUGUUGGGAAAGGAGAUUCAAGCAUGGAGGCAUUGCGUUGGGCUAUUGACAAUACCAUCACUUCUUCUUCUACUCUUCUCUUCCUCAUCCAUGUCUUCCCUGAGACUCGCUUCAUUCCUUACCCUUGUCUGUACAUCAGUAUAUAUGCCCUUUGCUUAUCACUAAUUAUCUUUGAUUAA